AGACUAGUCUCCAAUCUCUGUGUUAAUAACACUAAUCAAUCAAUAUAAAUCCGGAGUUAAAAUGGAUUACGAUUUUAGGAACAGAUUGAACAAUAAUAAUAAUAAUAAUAAUAAUCCACAACAACCACCACCAUCCUCCUCAGUAUACAACCACAGGCUGAAUCCAACAUCGCCAUCGUCGGCUUACCCCAUGUACGGCCCGUCGUCGUCGCUUUAUCCUAAGAUCGGCGUCGGCGUUGGUGGUCAACCCUCCGUCGCCGCUUCUCCCAUACGCAAUAACCCCUCUUCUUCUUGUUCUCCUCCAUCUUCCUCAGGAGGAAUGGGGAUUAGGGUUUCCUUAAAACCUGAGUUUCGUAUCACUCCACCGCCUCAAAUGUCCCCACAUAUCGGAGACAUUCCUCGAUGCACAUUUCAAUUUGACUUUGACCUGGAGAGGAAGAUACUCGCUGAAGCUGAGAAAGAAAAUCCUAAUUGGAGCAAGCUUGGUCUCGAAAACCUUCCUCAUAAGACUGCCAAACCAAUUUUUCAUGCGAACUCUAGUGUUGACCCAGUCAUGAGCAAAUAUAUGGCGUCGGGUCCUAAUAGAGAUAUAGUACCCAUUGCAGUUGCCAAGUAUGGAGAUAAUCCAACUAAGGUUAGGGAAUUUGUCAAUGGCUACACUCUUUUGCGAGAAAUGGGCUUUGAAGCAAAUAGUAUCGCUGAUGCAUUAUUCAACCAUGACAAUGAUACAGAGGCUGCAGCGCAUUUUCUGAGCGGUUCAUCAUGAGACUGCCACAAAAAUACUGAUAUCACAUUCGUGUUUUUGCUUGUAAAAUCCUUUUUUAUACUUGUGUAAAUUUAAUGAAAUGUUAGUAAAUGUCAUCAUAUGGGUGGUGUUUGGAUUUAGCUUAUACACGGGCUUAUCAGCUUAUUUUAAUUUGCCAAGGGCAAUUGGCUUAUUUUAAAGAUGACUAUAUUCUUUUGUUAAGCCUAUCACCUUAAGUUGAGAAACUCACAAGCCAGAAAAGAAUUUCGUUGAUUGGUUUUUAAACAUCCAACAAUCUGAUAAACUCAGGAAGUGAGGUAAUCCGAAAUUCCAAACGCCUCUCUACUGGUGGUUUGUGGCCAGCUAUUUUCUAUUUUUUCUGAAGUAUUGUAAUGACUUCUGCUAUGUUAUUUAUGACAUUUUAAAUAA